GGUACGUAUGUAUGCGCUAUUGGAUUAUGUGCGGCGCUGUUAGUAUCGCAGAGCAGAGGAGUUUUUUAUUGAUGCCGAGAUAUUUGUGAUUUGAAUUAUGUCCAAGUAGUCAAACAGAAACAUUGGCGCUUUGAGCACGUAUUCUCGGGUUAAACACUUCUAAGUUCAAUCAAACUAACUAACCGAUGCGAUCCGAACAGAUCCCAUCAGAUUACCGCCAUCAUCCAUUAAUUUAACUAGUUCGGUGUAAAAUACUUGUGGAUCGGUAGGCUGCCUGUGCGUAAGGUGCACCGACAUCGUGUAUUCCGAUAAUAAAUGAUGGAUUAUUAGCCGACUACUUUAGCCUUUAACUGAUGGUGAUUCAAAUCGCAUCGCCGUUGAUGGCGACUCGUAAAUCAAAGCAGCAACAGUUUCCGGGACUGCUUGCAAAUUAACGAAGCUCCUACUUUUUAUAUAAUUAAAAACAAUUGAUGAUGAAAUAAAAUUGAUCGUAAGAUUCGAAUUUGAAUGUGUUUAAAUUAUUAAAGGAUACGCGACUGGUUAUGUCAAGAAAUAAAAAAUAUAUGUAAUGUGGAGGUAAAACUAAAAAGUAAAACAAAUAUUAUUAUUGACGUUUUAAUUCUGUGUUUUAAAAAAUUAAUAACUGUGAAAAUAUCAAGCUCCAAAAAGAAAAACGUUCACAAGCAAAAGUAUUGCAGUAUCCAAUUGAAAUUCGCAAAAUUCGUCGAUAAGCGAUUACAUGCAUUUUUAUUUAAUUUUCGUGUGGAACUACCCCAAACUUAUACAAAAUACUAUUUAAUUCGAAAAUUUAUUACAAACAGAAAAACACAAAUAAUACAACAGAAACAGACAUAAUUUUAAAAUUCAACAAAGUGAAUAGUUGCCUACAUUGUCACUAUUUACUUAAUUUAUGUGAUCGAGUACAACAUCAUGCUUCCCCAGACUAGCAGCAAAUGAUUACAUCUAUUUGCGCGGCAAUAGCACAAUGUCGUCACAUUGACCGAUCAACUGAACCCAAGUAUCUAGUUCAAUACGGAACAACACAAUUGCUUAGAGUUCAGUUGCCACCGGCGGAAACUAACCAAACGCCACCAUCUCACUACAAAUCCAACUCGUUGCAACAAAAAUAUAGUAGCGCUUUAUCUUCGGCCGACAACUAACCUAAAAGAAAAAAGUAACAUCUGUGUGUGCCGACCAAUAACAAUUAGCCACCCGAAUAACCGCUGCGGGCUUUGUGAAGUUAAAGUUGAAAAUUCCAACCUGCAACAGCGGCGACGGCAGUUAGUGUGACAGUCUCGUUUGAUUUAUGGCUGCAUGCGUCUUAUUGGGUUAUUAUAUUUAUAAGUUGUUUAUAGUUAUGUUAUAAUCAAUGCUAUUUAUAGUGAAUGGUGUGCAUAGUAAACAUAGAAUUGGUGCAAAAAAUACUGCAACAAUUUUACAGUCUAAUAUAGAAUUCUUACAAUUUUAUGUACUUUGCACACAAGUAAACUAAAGCGGAAACAAAAGAUAACAUACAGUAAAUAAUAAUUUUAAAUGAAGAACGCUACAUCCAUAUCUGCGCAGUAGUUUUGCUUAGAGAUUGAAAAGGCUAUAAACAGGAGUUGGCAGCAUCGAAGAUUUUGUGAUUAACUCCCCUUCUAAAUAAACCGACAACAUGGAUCCCGACUGUUUUGCAAUGUCUUCAUAUCAGUUCGUGAAUUCUCUCGCUUCUUGCUAUCCACAACAAAUAAAUCCUCAGCAAAAUCACACGGGCAAUCCCACCGGCGGAGCAAAUGUCACAAACAGCAAUGGCGGCCCUGGCGCAAGCGGCGGUGGCAGUGGUUCCGGGGGGCAGAGCAAUUCUAGCGCUGGUACACCUGGCGGCAACGAUUACUUUCCAACUGCUGCUGCAUAUUCACCAAAUUUGUACCCGAAUACACCGCAGUCCCAUUAUGCCAAUCAGGCAGCAUACAGUUUAGGUGGGACAGGUGGAGGUGGCCAACAAAAUCCCGACAUGGUGGACUACACUCAAUUGCAGCCGCAACGGCUGCUUCUACAACAGCAGCAACAACAUGUACAUGUGACGGCGCAACAUGCCGCCCAACAGCAGCAAUCACAUCCGCAACAACAACAGCACCCCCAACAACAACCAGCACAACAACAAACCAAUCUUAAUUGCAAAUACGCCAAUGAUCCCUCAACGCCCACCGGCAACAAUAACAACACUAAUACCAGCAAUAAUAACACAAACACUCAAUCUUUAGCCAGUCCGCAAGAUCUGUCGACGCGAGAGAUUUCGCCGAAACUAUCACCAACGUCGGUGGUGGAGAGUGUGGCAAGAUCGCUAAAUAAAAGUGUUUUAAGCGGGAAUCUGGCAGUGGCAGCAGCAGCGGCCAACAUAACAAACACUCAUGGCGGUGUUGGUGGAGGCGGUGGGGCUGGCGUGAAUGUCAACGUCAACGUAAAUGUGCCAAUGCACAGUCCUGGAGGUGGUGACAGCGACUCGGAAAGCGAUAGCGGCAAUGAGGCUGGUAGUAGUCAAAAUAGUGGCAACUGCAAGAAAAACCCACCUCAGAUCUAUCCGUGGAUGAAAAGGGUACAUUUAGGACAAAGUACUGUUAAUGCCAAUGGCGAGACGAAACGACAACGGACCUCAUACACCCGCUAUCAGACGUUAGAGCUAGAGAAAGAAUUUCACUUUAAUCGAUACCUGACCCGCCGAAGGCGUAUUGAAAUUGCGCACGCGCUAUGCCUCACCGAACGACAGAUCAAGAUCUGGUUCCAGAAUAGACGAAUGAAAUGGAAAAAAGAGCACAAGAUGGCUUCUAUGAAUAUUGUACCAUAUCACAUGGGUCCUUAUGGCCACCCUUAUCAUCAAUUCGAUAUUCAUCCGUCACAAUUUGCCCAUUUGAGUGCAUAGGACGCGUGGCACUUUUCGGGUACUGGUUAGAGACUCAAUCAGUUGUAUCAGGAACCAUAUCAGGCGGCGGCAGCAGCUAGUGUAGCAGCUGGUGGGUAUCAGACACAAAACACACAAGACUCUAGCAUGGCCCUGGGUGGCGGUGCUGGCGUUGGGGUCGCUUCUGGCGGCGGUAACUCGCUGUUCGCAUCUGCGACCGCUUCCAAUGCUGAAUGUGUCAAAUAUCCACAAGAGUUCUGAUCUCAAAUUAUCUUCAGAGAACAUCCACAGCAAUUGCAUUUCCAACAUGAACACGAACUUCUACAGCAACAACACCAAUACGAGCAACAACAUUUAGAACAACAACCGCUGCAUCAUCAUCACAUCCUCCAGUCCGAACGUAGCUCCAUUCUGCAGCUGUGCGAAAAUAAACAAUUGUGCGAAGAUGCAGAAACCACGGAGUUGGAGUUCAAGGACGAAAUCGUCGGUGGUUGUAAUAUGUAUUGUUGUUGAGAAAUGCCAAUGUUGUUGUUGCAAUAAAGCUGUAGAUGCCUUCGAGACUGCUGCUAUAGCUGCUGCUAGCGACUGCUAGAAACAAGAACAAUUAUGAUAAUUUCUGAAUGCAACUGAUUUGUGUUAAGCAAGCAACGAGCCUCUAAGAAUGAAUAUAGCUUUCGUGGAGCAUUGGCACUUAUCACCGAAGCUUCCGAGAGUGGCUCGUGCAGGUUUAUGAUACUGGUCAGCAACAGAGGAAUUUCGUUUCAUUUGGAAUCUUGUGAAUUCAUGAUGUUCACAUUGAAAAUCCUCUCCUUUGUAAGUUAUAAGUACCUCAAUGGACUGACAAAGCUUUAAACUAAAGACUUUGCAUUUCGUCCUCUUUUUCGUGAAAUUGCGAAAACCGUCCAGUAUGAUAAACCGCUAUAUUCUCUAAGCAGUAUUCGAAAAGCAAUUAGUUUUAAGAAAACCACGAGCACUGCCGUCCGCUCAAAACUGCGAUGAUUAAUUAGUAUAUUUCGGAAACUUAAUUAUUAGAAAAUAUCUGAUUAAAUAAAUUUUGUAUUUUAUUUAUAAACGCUAAAAAUUGAAGGAAGCUUGACAACGACGGCAGUGCUGUGUUAGUUUAAAAGUAGUUUAAUCUCCAGUGUACAGAACAAUACAGUGAUUCACAAAUUGUUUUGGUGAAAGUUUGAAUUAAAUUUUUUCCAAUCAUAUUGGUCCCAGCACCCCUCCAACUUCAACAUUUCAAAAAACAAACUAUUAUUGUUGAACCUGGCGAAAAAGUUUUGCCAAUUUUAAAGGUGUCGAGGUCUUGACGGAUAUUAUGUGCGACAGUACUUAAUUCUAUUUAAUAGGAUGUAAACCUCAUAAUAUUUUAUUUGUUGCGUACUCAUCUUUGUACAAAUCAUAUUUUUUAAUGUAAAAUUAUUUUCAUGUUUGUAUAUAUUGAAAGUAUCUGUUUAAAUUUUGAAUUUUUUAUAAUAUAGCUUUAAAUUGUUUUUGUUGACUCUGUGAAUUUCCACUAGCAAAGUUCGCAACUGAGCUUAACUACACGUCAUUUCAGAAACCUUUCAUAAUCCAUAAAUAUUAAUUUAUAAACCAAUAACAACAACAAAUUCGGGGAAAACAGGUCAUGUUUAGUAGUCAAUAAGACAAAACUUAAAUAUAAAUACUGAUAUUCAAACUUAGGAACUUUUGCCACAAAUCCUCACUUUAGCCUUUUUGUGAAAAUUUAAGAGAACGCUCCCAUCAUAUUUGUUAUCAAUGUUAUUAGUAAAUAUGAAGUUGUCAGCCAUACAGACUUUGAAGUAUUUCGUUUUAAGCGAAUUCCAGAGCUACAUAAAAAUUACAGCAAUACCUUCUUUUAAUUAAGAAUCAAAUAAAUAGCUAAUUAAACUGCAAAGUCACACACUGCUUACAAAGGAAUAACUUGUAAAAGAGAAAUACUGUACUUAAAUCAUAUAUGUACAUACAUACACAUACAUAUGUAGGUUUAUGUAAAUGUUCGACCAUGUAAGUAGACUUCUAAUUAUAUUCCCCGGUAAUAAUAAGGUUAGUGCAUUCGUAUCAAAUAUAUAAUAUGUAUAUUGAGAUAGUCUAAAACAAAUUGAAAACAUUGCUUCAUUAAGUAAUUUAGUUAAGACAAGGUUAAUUUAAAAAAAAUUUAGCGAAAAUUGUUUGUAUUCCGAUUUUUAUUUCUACAAUAAAAUCGUUUUAUCUUAGUUUAGUAAGGCAAAAUUAGUUUCAUAAGUGAUUUGCAAUAUCAGUAUAAAUAGCGAUUAAUAUAUCGAUUGAUAUACGAUGGCUAAGUGAGUCUCAAGUGUAUGUGUGGUAUGUGCACAGUUAUCAACCCAAUUUGUAUAAAAACACUGCAUUCCAUGUAAAGAAAUUAAAGUGGUUAGUUACAUAAUAUGUCUCAAAAACAAUUUCAAUGAACGCACUAGUUUAGUAAUCAGACUUCAGUUUAUAUUCCCAUAUUUACCUUCAUAUGUAUUACGUAAUAAGUAUGUGUGCGUACACACAAACUCGUACGUAUGCAUACUUUAGAUAAAUCAAUUGCCCGAAUGUAGUGCGCAAUACAAGUAAACAUACGAUUAAAUAGUGUAAGAUUAUGGUAAUGCAAUACUUAGAAAACUAAGCUAAGGAUAGAUUAAAAAAUCAAAAAGAACAAAAUUAAUAAAAUAUUUUAAAAAAUUUAAA